UGCCCCACACUGGGGAUGGAGCCUGCAACCUGGGCCUGUGACCUGGUCCCUAGGUGGCGCUCAGCCACUGAGCCGUCCUCAUUUUUGAUCCAGGGAAGGAACGGAGGCCCAGCAGCACCUGGGCGUAGUUCUGCCCCAGGUAAACGCUCCUCACAUGGAGAGCCUGCUCACACCCAGUGCACAAGUCCCCAAGCAACCCCCAGGACGCUGAGACCCCCCACCUCGGCCACCUGGCCUCUCCCGCCGCUUUUUGUGUCAGGGUUGGUGGGUUGGAGUCAGGGGGCACGUGUCCCAGGGCCCGGCACCCCAUCCUCCCCGUCCUGGUUCCAGCGGACAUCACGGACAAGGUGCCCCUGGAGAAGGCCCCGGGCCUCAUCGCGGGGCUGCUGGCUGCCUACCCGCAGGACACAGAGAUGGCGGAGUCCGGCUGCGCGGUCCUCUGGCUGCUGUCCUUGCUGGGUGAGGUCCCGGGCCCGGGGCUGGGGUGCCUGGGCCCGGGUGGUGAUGGCCCAUGCCCCGCCCCCCGCAGGCUGCAUAGAGGAGCACCUGCUGGAGGAGGUGGUGGUGCUCUUCCUGCGAAGCCUCCGGCUGUGCCAGGACCGAGUCCUGCUGGUGAACAACGCCUGCCGGGGGCUGGCCAGCCUCGCCAAGGUGUCGGAGCUGGCGGCGCUGCGGGUGGUGGUGCCCGAGGAGAAGGGCAGCGGCCUCAGCCUCAUUAAGGACACAUACGAGCUGUACAAGGACCACCCGGAGGAGGCGGAGAACGUGUGCCUGCUGCUGGUCCACCUGGCCUCCUACCCGGACACGCUGUGCGAGCUGGUGUCCAGCGGCAUCCAGUCCCUGGUCCACGAGAUCAAGGAUCGCUUCACCUCCAGCCUGGUGAGUGUGGGCAGCGCUCGGAGAACCAGGUUUCCGCCCUCCCCCUCUGCCACCAUCAGGCCAGGAGCCCCAUGGGGCUUCUGCGGGGGCGGCAGCACCUCCUGCCUGUUCGGCACCUGA